UCCCCUGGCCACACACCACACAAACAAGAAGCUCUCAAGGAAGAAGCAUCAUGAAGACUUUCAAUCUGUGCUUACUACUAGUCAACCUGGCAAUAGUGGUUUACUCUUUGCCAAUAUUGCCACCUACUGAAGAAGAUGAAGCCCUUGCAGAGACGUACCUGAAGAAGUUCUUUAACCUGACGGAGGAGACGGGUCCAAUGUUCAGACGGGGGCCCAGCCAGCGGAGCAGGAAAGUCAGCGAGAUGCAGAGGUUCUUUGGCCUCAAGGUGACAGGAACCUUGGACGCUGAGACCGUAAAGAUGAUGAAGAAGCCACGCUGCGGGUUACCUGACGUCCAACUCGGCCGAUUCACCACCUUCAAUAACCUUAAGUGGCCAACAAACCAGCUUACCUACAGAAUUGAGAACUACACUCCUGACAUGUCUGUGGCUGAGGUGGACAACUCCAUAGAGAGAGCACUACAGGUGUGGGCCAAGGUCUCCCCCCUGAGGUUCACCCGUAUCUACCGCGGCACCGCUGACAUCAUGAUCUCCUUCGGCAACAGAAAUCAUGGUGAUUUCUACCCCUUCGAUGGUCCUGAAGGCACCCUGGCCCAUGCCUUCUCCCCCGGCGCUGACAUUGGAGGAGAUGCUCAUUUUGAUGAUGAUGAGUACUUCACCUUCAGCUCAACCAGAGGGUACAACCUGUUCUUGGUGGCUGCCCAUGAGUUUGGCCAUUCCCUGGGUCUCAGCCACUCCAACGACCCUGGAGCGCUGAUGUUCCCAGUGUACAGCUACACAGAUCCCAGCACCUUCUCUCUGCCUCGUGAUGAUGUCACCGGUAUCCAGUACAUAUACGGCCCAAACCCAGAUGUUAACCCCAACCCAGAUAAGCCCGACCCUACACCUGUUUCCACCCCUGAUGCCUGUGACCCCACACUGGUCCUGGAUGCUGUCACCACUCUGCGUGGGGAGAAGAUGUUCUUCAAGGGCAGGUUCUUUUGGCGUAUUUACCCUCAGAGCAGCAAACCACAUCAGAACCUCAUCAAGACUUUCUGGCCUGAACUCCCUGACAACAUCAAUGCUGCUUAUGAGAGCCAGCUAUCUGACAGAGUGUUCCUCUUUAAAGACCAUCAGGUCUGGGCUCUCUAUGGCUAUGACAUCGUCCCCGGCUAUCCCAGAAACCUGAAGAGCUUGGGUCUGCCCAGGACCGUGAAUAAAGUUGAUGCCGCCCUGUACGAUGAACAUUCUCGCAAGACCUUGUUCUUUGUUGGCGACAACUACUACAGUUACGAUGAGGAAAUGAAAAGCAUGGACAGAGGUUUCCCCAAGCGUGUGGAUGAACAGUUCCCAGGCAUGACAAGCAAAGUGACUGCAGCCUUCCAAGUCCGAGGCUUCACCUACCUCUAUAGUGGCCCUUACAUGUUUGAAUACAACAUGAGGACCAGAAGACAGUUCCGCGUGCUAGGAAACAACUACUUCCUGCCUUUGUGUAUCCUGUAUAAGGUUACAUUCAUGGGAAGAUCAGUGUUUACCGUGUUACAGACAGUGGCUGCUUUUGCUAUUUGUAUAGCAGCCCCUACUACAAGUCAAGAUGUCACUCUGUCUUCAGAUGACCUACAGGCCAGAGCUAAGGCCUAUCUAUCCCAGUUUUACUCGGUUGCUGGCUCCACCAACUCCAUCAUGUCCAGGCGAGUGAUGAUGGACACCCCAGUGGACUCAUUUGAGAGAGACCUGAGGAGCAUGCAGGACUUCUUUGGGUUGGAGGUGACAGGCAGGCUGGACUCGAACACCCUGGAGGUGAUGGCCAAGCCCCGAUGUGGGGUCACAGACGUGGCCCGCUACGGACACUUCCAGGGCAAGCCCCGAUGGAAGCAGAGCAUCGUCACUUACAGAAUUACUGAGUACACGCAUGACCUGAGUCGGCGUGAGGUGGACUCCACCAUCGCCCAGGCCUUCAAGCUCUACAGCGACAUCAUCCCACUGGACUUUAAGCAGAUCUACAGUGACACCGCUGACAUCAUGAUCCUGUUUGGAGCCAAAUACCACGGUGACUUCUACCCCUUCGAUGGGCCGAAUGGUGUCUUGGCCCAUGCAAACUCUCCAGGAGAAGGCGAAGGUGGUGACACACACUUUGAUGAAGAUGAGUCUUGGACUCUGAGCCAGAGAGGGAUAAACCUGCUUCUGGUGGCGGCCCAUGAGUUUGGCCAUGCUCUUGGAUUGGCCCACUCACGAGACAGCUCAGCUCUGAUGUACCCCACAUAUCACUUUGUGAACACAAAAGGAUACAGGCUACCUGCAGACGACAGGCGGGGAGUACAGGCCUUGUACGGUGUCCGGACAACACCAGGUCAGCCGGAACCAACAAGACCCAAGCCUAAACCAAAGCCCAAACCAGAACCUAGACCAAACCCUCCAGAAAGAUGCAACAGGAACCUUGUCUUUGAUGCUGCCAGUACCAUUCGGAGUGAGCUGUACUUCUUCAAAGAUGGGUAUUACUGGAAGAAGAGUGGCUAUUGGAAUGGAGUAAUGACGAAGACAGUGAAGGGAACCUGGCCUAGCAUUAGCCAUGUUGAUGCUGCAUAUGAAUACAAGGGUCGAGACAUCGCCUUACUAUUUGAAGGAAGAAGGUACUGGGGCACCAGAGGCCUUACCGUCCUAUCAGGUUAUCCCAAAUCCAUCUACAACUUUGGCUUCCCCUCAUACGUAACCAAGAUAGACUCUGCAGUUCAUGUGGCAUCCACAGGGAAAACCCUAUUCUUUGUGAGAAACAAAUACUGGAGCUUCAAUGAAAGGAUGAGCACAAUGGACCGUGGCUACCCCAGAAGCAUCUCCCAGGAUUUCCAUGGUAUUGGCAGGAAAGUUGAUGCUGCUUUUGAAAACCAUGGUUACAUGUACUUUUCAGAUGGCCCCAGGCAAACCGAAUACCACUAUCCAUCAAAGAAGGUGAACCGUGUCUUGUUGAACUAUGGAUGGCUGGACUGCUACUAAAAAGAGAAUCAUUCAUCAUUUUCAGCUGUACAAAGUAUUGAUGUUGUCAUCAAGAGCUGUGACUACACCCAAUUAGCAAUAUAGUAUUUUUCUAGAUAUAUGCACUUUCAAAGAUGACUUUACUGAUACCAGUUUUGGAACAAGUGCUCAAUUUGAUCAGAGAACAUUAUCAUGAUGAGACCCAGAUGCAGAAACAGGAGGCAGAUGGUUGAAGUCUUAUAAUGUUUAAUAAUCUAAAAGGUGUAGGCAAGAGAAUGGUCAUGGACAGGCAAAAGGUCAGAACCAGGAUUCCAGGAGGUACAGAGUGGCAGAAAGGCUCAUGGCCAAGGCAGGCAGAAUGGUCCGGUAGGCGGAUACAGAGUCUAGAACAGGCAAGGGUCAAAACCAGGGGGACUAGAAAAAAGAGAAUCGCAAAGGCAGGCGUACAGUGAAAAAAACACAGGUUUUCGUGGAACAUAGAAGACGAACUGGCACAGAAAACACAGGGAUAAAUACAUUGGGGAAAACAAGAGACACCUGGAGGGGGUGGAGACAAUAACGAGGACAGGUGAAACUGAUCAGGGUGUGACAACAUGUCUGAAUUUAUUGAAAUAUGUUGAAAAUAUAUUUCUACAACUUGGGAGUGCAUGUAGUUCAUUGAGGAAUAUGUGACAGACACAGUCUAUUUCAUAUAUUCAUAGUGCAUUUGCUAUGAACAAUUGUUAUAGGAAAUUAUGGGAAAUGACUAUCCCUCCUUGCGGAGGAUUUGAAUGGGUGAGGGAAGCCUAGAUAUAGAACAUUUCACAUGAAUUUAAACUAUGUCACUACGUCAUUAAAACUAUCAUGUAUUUUUUUACUGAAAGAUACUGUUGUAAACAGGCCUUCAGGCAGGGAAUCUACAACAGUUUGAAACUAGAAAGUUUGAGCUAGUUUAUUAGCACUGAUCCUAAGUAAAAUGGUGGACGCAUUCAAACUAGAAUUUCUGUCUAUGGCGCUUCCUCACUCUCCAACCCAUGGAAAUAUAAUACAUGUGCUUGACUUGUGGAGCAAACUGACACGAAUAGAACAUUUAGCAACUCUUCAUUGCUUCUUUAUUGUUGUUAAACCAACAAGUUUAGUCCAACCGGCCUUUGGCCUUCCUAGGGUCUUUACUGACUGACCUAUGAAAGAGAAUUUUAUUUGUUUUCAAAAUGGGACCAAUCACAAUAUUGCCAAUCUAUUGGUCAGUUCAAAAACCCAUUGCCCAGAUUUUUGACCCUGAUGGGGGCCCAAAGGUGUUGAUAGCCUAACAAUGAAGAAAACAAUUUUAUCUAGGCCCUACUUCCACUGUCUUCGAGUUGCUGAAUUUUCUUCAAUGCUGUCUAUGGUUGGGAAGAAGUUUUGAUAGCUUUUGAUAAACAUUCGGAUGAGGAUUGUAACUCUUUGAGCGGAGUGGCAGGUUCAAGAUCAUCUCUCUCGGGGGCCAAGGAGCUGUGACUUGUCCAUAACUCUGCACGGAUCAUUCAGGGCACCUUUUUUGACCCCCACCUGGUUAGCUAAAAAAAAAUACAAAUUAUAAUAUUUUUUGUUGUUACCCGUUUUGCAUGUUAUUUUGGCAUUAAUAUGUGUGUCACACAUCAGUUUGCAAACAAUAAAGCCGCAUACAAACAUGG